GGGAAGGAGAAGGGAAGGGCCGCGCCGUGGCGCUGCGGCGUCGCGGAGGCCCGCUGCUCGUCCCGUCCCGACCCGACCCGGCUCGCCUCAGCUCGGCUCGGCCGGGCGGUGCGUGCGUGCGUGGGGGCCGCGGCGGGCAGCGGGGCCGCGGCUGGGGAGGAGCGCGGGGCCGCCGCGGCGGGAGGAGGAGGAGGAGGAGGAGGAGGCGGCGGCGGCAGCGGCGCUCCCCUCUCCGGCGGGACAAAGGGCUGUGGGCGCGCAGGAGCCAUGGGCCGGCUGCCGCGUUAAGGAGCAAUCCCCGGCCGGAGGGGCGAGGAGGAAGGCGGCCGGUGCUCCCCUUCCCUGCGGCUGGAGAUGGAGCCGGCGGCGCGGCCGAGCGGGGAUAUCCUGAGGCGGAACCCGCAGCAGGACUACGAGCUGAUCCAGCGGGUGGGGAGCGGCACCUACGGCGAUGUCUACAAGGCUAGAAAUCUUCAUACGGGAGAACUGGCUGCUGUAAAAAUAAUCAAGUUAGAGCCUGGAGAUGACUUUUCAUUGAUACAGCAAGAAAUAUAUAUGGUUAAAGAAUGCAAACACUGCAACAUAGUCGCCUAUUUUGGGAGCUAUCUCAGCCGUGAGAAGCUGUGGAUAUGCAUGGAAUACUGCGGUGGGGGAUCCCUCCAAGAUAUUUACCAUGUAACAGGACCUCUGUCAGAGUUACAAAUUGCAUAUGUAUGCAGAGAAACUUUACAGGGUCUUGCUUAUUUGCAUAUGAAGGGCAAAAUGCAUAGAGAUAUAAAGGGUGCAAAUAUUCUACUAACAGACCACGGAGAUGUCAAAUUAGCUGACUUCGGUGUAGCAGCAAAAAUAACAGCCACCAUUGCGAAGAGGAAAUCAUUUAUCGGUACCCCUUACUGGAUGGCUCCAGAAGUUGCAGCGGUGGAAAAGAACGGUGGAUAUAACCAGCUCUGCGAUAUCUGGGCGGUUGGCAUAACAGCGAUUGAACUUGCAGAGCUUCAGCCACCCAUGUUUGAUCUUCACCCGAUGAGGGCUUUGUUUUUAAUGUCAAAAAGUAAUUUUCAACCGCCAAAGCUAAAGGAAAAAGCAAAAUGGUCAUCAACAUUCCAUAAUUUUGUCAAAAUAGCACUUACAAAAAAUCCAAAGAAGAGACCGACAGCAGACAGACUCCUUUCUCAUAGCUUUGUAGGGCAGCCUGGUCUGUCAAGAUCUUUAGCAGUUGAGCUGUUGGAUAAAGUUAAUAAUCCUGACAACCAUACACACUACAGUGAAGUUGAUGAUGAUGAUUUUGAGCCUCACUCCGUUAUCCGCCAUACAAUUCGUUCUACGAACAGGAACAUUAGGGCAGAAAGAACAGCAUCAGAGAUAAACUUUGAUAAGCUGCAGUUUGAGCCCCCUCUACGGAAAGAAACAGAAGCUCGGGAUGAAAUGGUUGUGGCAGCUGGAAGUGACUUUGCUUCGCAUUGGAAUCCUUUUGUUGAUGGUGGAAGCAGCAAGGGACUGCUUACAAAAUUUGGCGAUGGGAGUGAAGAUGUUGAAGAGUCAACACUAAAGCGAGCAGGGCCACCUCCGCUACCUCCUAAGCCGAGAAUAAACAGUUAUCCUGAGGAAAACCUCCCAGAUGAUGAGAAAUGUCAGACGAUAAAACAUUUCCCAGACUCGCAGAGCAGAGCCCCACCAGCUCACAGGAGACAAAGUAUCCCUGUUUGCGGACCUCAGACUGAUUCUUCCCCCGUUGGUAUGACCAGCAGCAUCAGUAGCCCUGGAUUGCUCACAGCUAGAUACAGUGACUUAGGAAAUGGGGAUGGCAUGCUGAAACUCAUUGAAGAAAAUGCAGAAGGGUCUGGACAAAUCCCUCAACUGCCACGUAAAAAAGAGAAAAGAGAUUUUCCUAAGCCAGCAAUCAAUGGUUUGCCACCAACACCAAAGGUGCUGAUGGGAGCAUGUUUUUCCAAAGUCUUUGAUGGUUGUCCUUUGAAGAUUAAUUGUGCAACAUCAUGGAUACAUCCAGAUACUAAAGAUCAGUACAUUAUCUUUGGCACGGAAGAAGGUAUCUAUACUUUGAAUUUGAAUGAGCUUCACGAAGCAACAAUGGAACAGUUAUUUCCCCGAAAGUGCACCUGGCUGUAUGUUAUUAAUAACACCUUAAUGUCCUUGUCAGGGAAAACUUUCCAGCUCUACUCCCAUAAUUUAAUAGCUUUGUUUGAACAAGCCAAAAAAACAGGAUUAGCUGCUCAUAUUCAAACCCAUAGGUUUCCUGACAAAAUAUUACCAAGGAAGUUUGCCUUAACGACAAAGAUCCCUGAUACAAAAGGAUGCCACAAAUGCUGUAUAGUACGAAAUCCAUACACAGGACACAAAUACCUGUGUGGUGCAUUGCAGUCUGGAAUUGUUCUACUACAGUGGUAUGAGCCAAUGCAGAAAUUCAUGUUAAUAAAGCACUUUGAUUUUCCUUUGCCAAGCCCUUUGAAUGUGUUUGAAAUGCUAGUGAUACCGGAGCAGGAGUACCCGAUGGUCUGCGUAGCUAUCAGUAAGGGUACUGAACCAAAUCAGGUAGUUCAGUUUGAGACAAUCAACUUGAACUCUGCUUCUUCAUGGUUUACAGAAAUUGGUGCAGGCAAUCAGCAGUUAGAUGCCAUUCAUGUAACACAGCUGGAAAGAGACACUGUCCUAGUCUGCCUGGACAAAUUUGUGAAAAUUGUGAAUUUACAAGGGAAAUUGAAGUCAAGCAAGAAAUUGGCCUCCGAGCUGAGCUUUGAUUUCCGCAUUGAGUCAGUGGUGUGCCUUCAAGACAGUGUGCUGGCCUUCUGGAAACAUGGCAUGCAGGGCAAAAGCUUUAAGUCAGAUGAAGUUACCCAAGAGAUAUCAGAUGAAACCAGGGUUUUCCGCUUACUGGGAUCAGACAGAGUGGUAGUGUUAGAAAGCAGGCCAACAGAAAAUCCGACUGCACACAGCAAUCUCUACAUCUUGGCUGGACAUGAAAAUAGUUACUAAGCAACAGUAACCUAACGCGAAUAACAGAGUGAAUUUGCCACAUGAGGAACAAAGAAGCAUUAGGAAAUGCAGUACAAGCGGGACUGUGACUUACUGUUUCUUUUCUUGACACGUAAAUGAUGUUCUUUUAGGGUGGAUAUCAAUACAUUUUUGCAGCUGGGAACAGCUGGUUCUGUCUCUUGCCACUGUGUGGUUGGUUAUAUCGAGUUUGCUUAAUAAAAGCUAUGAGAUAAAUAGCCCUUUACUCAUUAGUUAUAGGGAAACAGAGCCUUUAAGAAAAUGUUAUGCAGUAAAGGUGCCAUAAACUGUUAAAUAUUUUACUUCCCUUGGAUUUUCCUUACAUUCUGUAGAUAUAGAUAUAGUGCUGGCUGUUUCCCUGUUUUAUACUGAGUCUUAUUCUUAAUAAAAAAGAUUUGUGUAGGAAGUGAAAGUAUCUGCAAAGCUUUUUGGUUUUAAAUCUGCCAUUCGGUAUGGCUUUGUAUAAUAGACUAUUUAAUCCUUAUUUAUUAAUCUGCUGCUAGAAUGGUGUAAUGUAUCUAACGUUUAGCAAAGGAAGGUUGCAGAGCAGCUUACGAUUUUUUUUUUACAAUUGUAUAAAGAUUUGAUUAUUCUUUUUUCUUGUAGGGAUGUAGUGCAUUAUUGAGGGGUAUGUUACAAUGUUGGUUGAUCUUGUAAAAAUGCAGUUUUGUACAACAAAGUAUUUUGUAUUGAUUUUCUGCCUGCAGAGUUGCCAUAAAAGGGAUUUUCGUAUUUACUAGAUGUAGGGUGUGUGUACACAAAAUAUAAUAUUGAUAUCAGACACGUUGCUACUGGGUGGGUGUGUACAAUAUACGUGUGUGUGUGUGUGCAUGUGCGUAUGUGUGUUAAGUUGACCGGCAGUGUGUAUUUUUUAUAUAUAUAUAUAUAUUUAUAUAUAUAUAAAAAUGUACAAAAUAUAUAUGCUUUAUUUUCAUAAAUUAGGGAUAAGCCUUGUGACGUGAAAUGGAAAUUGUACCUGGUCAUCAUCCUUAAUGAAUGAAAGUAUCAUGUAUCCAACUGCCCAUGACGUAUAGUUUAUUUAUACUAUUCCAGAGGGGAGCCUAUAGUGAUAACUGAGCUUAUGAGCUUUUUUGUUUGUACAGCCAUCCAGCUGCUGUCAGUCAGACAGUUGUUUGGUAAUGGUUAUUUCCCCAGCUGUGUAGUAUAAAUAAAUAUGAUAAGAAGCAGUAUUCUAUAUUAAAGCUUUUGAUCACUUUUUCCCUUUCCCUAUUUUAAGUUUGUCACCUGCAUUUUUCUUUCUCUUUUUGUUUCUCUAUUAAAGAGUCACAUCGGUUCCUUUUGUCUUCCUCAUUAAUUACAAUUCUUGAGGUACCAUUAAAUAUAAAUAUAGACUGACUACAGGAUAGCAUCUGGUUUUACUACCUCACAUUAACCUGCUAGCUUUGAUGUAAGUAAACACAGUCCAUAGGCAGAUACAGUAGCAGUUCAUAAACAUUUGAAUUGAGGUAUUUUUAAAUGAAACCCUACAGCAUACUGCUGCCUGUUCCAUUUCUGUGAUCUGCUACCCUAGGAAAGACAGGUCAGAAGCUUCACACGUCAUUUUAAUAAAGCAGUAAAGGUAAGUGUGUUACAGUGGCUUGGCCUGUCUGAUGGCUCUGCUGACACAGCGGAGCUGGAGUGGUUUGAUCUUUAACGUGCAACCUGAGGAAUGGGGCACUGGGUUGUCUGCUUAGGCAUCAGACUACGUGAUUCAUAAUUUAACAUUGACGGAAUUAACUCAGCACACGUGAUGACUCAGUAAUGUCUUUUUGUUACUAGGUACAGCUGGAGUUUUAUGUUGUUCUGAAGGUCUGGAAGGAAAAAUAGACCUGCACAGAAUUUAGCAUUUUAUCCACUUAGCAUUGUCAUUCAAAACUAAUUCUUGUUAUUGACUUGAUACUUAAGUCAAGCUUUUCAGUUCUGAAACUGUGUCAAAGUUUAAUAAGUAGUAAGUGUACAGAUAAAAAUCAGUCCAUAAACAAUGUAUUGAAAAUGUUUUAAGUGGUCAGCUGUAAUUGGAUCAGCAGUGUUAAAAGUGGGACAUGUAAUUUUUGUGUUUUAAAGAAAUCAAGUUUCUAGUACUGAAAUUACUUCUCCAUAGGUUAACAGUGAUUGAUGAUUAACCCUUGAGUGGUAUAACUCCUAGUCUACAAAGACUUCAAAAUGAAAAUGAAGACAAAGUGAAGCACCAGGUGUAGAUGUAGAGCAAAUGCUUUCACUUAACUUACCUCAUUCACUGCAAACAUAAUUUUGGCAUCAUCUUUGAAAACACUUAAAGAAGAUCUCUAAAAGACUAGAGAAAUCUGUAAAUAAAAUAUGAAUAUUUAUGGGGAGUAACUGGAGUAAAUAACUGUUAGGUCAUGACACUGUCAUGCACAAGUAAUGAACUGAAAGUAUUUUUCUUUGAAUGACAUGAAUGACUGGUGAUUUGCUGAAUCCUAAAAGAUGAUUCUAGGAAAGUCCUCAUUUAAUCAAACCUCCUUUUUUAGCUGUUAAAGCAUUUCUAAUGGCAUAUUCUGAAAUGCUUUGUCUGGUCUGGUUUUUUAGACAGUGGCAUUUUUGGCAUGAUCUGCAAGAUACUGUUUCCUAGUGUAAAACCUCACUCGUUACUCUUAGUGGAGUAUAGCACAACGGAUUUGCAUGUUUCAUAGCUGGACCGGCCAGUCUCGGUGACUCUGACUAGUAUAAUUUGUAUUUGUUAGACUGUUUAAGUUAGUCUGGUAUUGUCUGUAUCUUUGUAUGUUUUUGUGACAUUUCAACCAGGGUUGAGAAAGCCUAGUGUGUGGUUUUGGAGUUUAUAAAGCAAAACCUUGCUCACCCCCUCAUUACUCUUUUGACAGCUAUCAAAGUGUUAGUUAUUUGAUGCACAAGGUUCAUGUAUUCAACUUGAAAGCCUUAAAACAGGCUCCCAGUGCUCUUUGAAGUACAAACAGUAUUUGAAGAGCAGGCUGUAGAUGAGUCUCUUUUGAUUUCCUAACCAAAUUCAUUGUAACUGAAAAAUACAACUGUAAUUGUGAUGACAUCUCUUUAAAAGAUGAAAGGUACAACGCAUCAGUGAGCCACUAUGUCUCUGAAUGAAAAGGACAAGACUGGGAGACUUUCUGAAAUGUACUUUUUACCUUGUUUAGUCAUUAGAUUGUAACUGAGACUCUAACUGCACUUGUUCCAGUUUGUGUAAUUAGGCUUUGUUCUACGUAAAUUUCUGUUGCAGUUCAUUUCAGUCUAUGCCAAAUAAACUAUGCUUUAUUUGAUACCUA